UUCUUAUCUACGAAUAUACUGUAGAUGCUGAUCCCUCGUACGACGGGAACCCCUCGGACAGCCGUCAUAAAGCGAACCAUUGUCUCUGCCCCGUCCAGUCUCUCUGCUACAGACCCAGGCUUCAUCCCCAAUGGCAUGAUCAACCUCGCGGCACUUGACAGAAUCAUCCCUCUUUCCUCCGCUCAUAGAAACCCGCUAGACCUCCCAACUCUGCCAUCGAGAAACGUCCUUUCGUCCUCUAGUCUCCUCGACCUUUUGUUUUUCUGUUUUCCUUGCUCGUUCACCCAUCAUGGCACGGUUCCCGGCGGGAGCACCACGGACAGCACUAACCGGCUUCCGCGCUGCUCCGUCCCUCGCCGUUCCUCGCUCGCCAUGCGCCGCCACGACUCUUCGAUGCAUGUCUUCCGAGAAGAACCCGGAACCGCGGUCCUCCAAGGACAACAAAUCGGGCCGAACCUUCCAGAGUCAGGUAUACGGCAGUAUCACUCAGCGUUUGGCCCGCGAGAAUGCUGAGCGGGAGAGGUUCGCUCGGGAACGUGAGAAGACGGCGACGGGUCGCAGCUAUGCCAUGACAUUUGCCCUCCUAUUCACCAUGGGCGUGUCUUACUACCUUGGCACACUGUACCCCCCGAAACCGAACCAAGAUUCGACGCUCCCCUUGUCCAAGACCAUCGCACCCGAACACAAGACCAACCUGGAGAACAUGCAGGCCGCCUGGGCCGACCUUGUCCACAUCCUCGGCAAGGAACACGUGAGCACGGCGCCCACGGACCUCGACCACCACGCCACCUCGGACUGGUCCUCCCACCAGGCCCAACCGUCGGAACGCCCCUUCUGCGUCCUCUUCCCCAGCACGACCGAGGAGGUGUCCGAGAUCAUGAAGGUCUGCCACCAGCGCCGGAUCCCCGUGGUCGGCUUCAGCGGCGGCACCAGCCUGGAGGGCCACUUCACCCCGACGCGGGGCGGCGUCUGCAUCGACUUUGGCCGGAUGAACAAGGUCCUGGCCCUGCACAAGGACGACCUCGACGUGGUGGUCCAGCCGGCGGUGGGGUGGGAGUCGCUGAACGACCAGCUCGCGGGCUCGAACCUCUUCUUCCCGCCCGACCCGGGCCCCGGCGCCAUGAUCGGCGGCAUGGUGGGCACGGGGUGCAGCGGCACCAACGCCUACCGCUACGGCACCAUGCGCGAGUGGGUGCUCUCGCUGACCGUGGUGCUCGCCGACGGCACCGUGCUCAGGACGCGGCAGCGCCCCCGCAAGAGCUCGGCCGGGUACGACCUCACGCGGCUCUUCAUCGGGUCGGAGGGCACGCUGGGCCUCGUCACGGAGGCGACGCUCAAGGUGGCGGUCCGGCCGGCGUCGACGUCGGUGGCGGUGGCGGCGUUCCCGUCGAUCCGGCACGCGGCCAGCUGCGUGGCGCGCGUGGUCGGGGCGGGGAUCCCCGUGGCGGCGGUGGAGAUCCUGGACGACGCGCAGAUGCGGUGCAUCAACGAGGCGGGCCAGACGUCGCGGGAGUGGAGGGAGGCGCCGACGCUGUUCUUCAAGUUCGCCGGCACCGAGCGCGGCGUCAAGGAGCAGGUGCAGAUGGUCAAGGACCUGGCCGCCAAGGCGGGGGGCGAGUCGUUCGAGUUUGCGCGCAGUGAGGACGAGCAGCACGAGCUGUGGAGCGCGCGCAAGGAGGCGCUGUGGAGCACCAUGGCUGUGGGCCGGCCGGGCGACCAUGUGUGGACGGGCGAUGUCGCCGUGCCCAUGAGCCGGUUGCCGGAUAUUGUGGAGGAGACGAAGCAGGCCAUGAGCAGGAGCGGUCUCUUCGGGACCAUUGUGGGACAUGUUGGUGACGGAAACUUUCACCUUAUUCUCCUGUACAACGACCAGGAGCGGAAACGGGCGGAGAAAUUGGUGCAUGAUAUGGUCAAGCGCGCGGUGGAGCUGGAGGGCACUGUCACGGGUGAACAUGGCGUUGGGCUGGUCAAGCGCGACUACCUCCCGCAUGAACUUGGAGAGACUACGGUCGAUGCCAUGAGACAGAUUAAGAAGGCGUUCGAUCCGCUCUGUCUCCUAAACUGUGACAAGGUGGUGCGGAUGCAGCAACCCAAGUCUGGCGAGGUGAGCGAGUGGUAAUAUUAUACGCUUAGUGCAUGAUCAAGACAUCAAGCUACCGGGAGGUAGCGUAGACUGGAGGAAUGUUUGUAAAAUCAAAGACAAGAAAUCAAAAAGAGGUUGAGAUGGAGCGACAAUGUACGCCAUGUUCAACUCGAUGGGACCGGUCCCAGCACCUAGUUGAGGCGACUUCUGUCGUGAGGCACUUGGUAUACAUCAAAAAGGAAGACACCGUAGCAGACAUCCUAAUACAACAUCCUAGCAGUUUCAUUGCCAGUCUAUGUUCAAAUAGGUAAAUCGACCAGUCGUCUGUCUCUUGGUUUGUCUGCUGCUAAUGAAUCACCGGACCCAUCUGUCCACGAAAUAUC